CGCAUAAAUAAAAUUCAGCCACCGUCAGCCAACAACCGGCAACUGGCAACUGACAACUGACAAAAAGCAUAAAGCCCCUCCCAAACAAAAGGAAAAUAAGGUGUUUAAAAUUCACCUUGAGUCUAACCAAAAUAAAAGAGCCCAAGUCGCAGCCUCCACUUGCGGAGCCACAAACAACAACACCAAAAAAAAGAAACAACAACAAAAAAGGCAAUCUUUCUCUGUGCCAGUUGGCCACAAUUGGAGUUCACAGCUCGGCACCGGCUAAUUACCCGCAAUUUCAUUUGAAAAGUAGCCUGCUGCUCUUAAUCAACACUGUUAAUCGACUGUUAAGCCAACUGUUAACCGGCUGUUAAAGUUAAUCAGAUCGCAAAAUGAAUGAUGCUGUUGCCCCUGGAAACGGUUCGACAGCCUUGAACUCCACACAGACUCCAACUAAAGAUGUUCAGAUCAAUAUAGAAACUGCCAAAGAGGAGCCGAGUAGCAAGGGCAACUGUUGCAGCUGGAUUGUGCUGGUGGUCUUGGCUGCUGCUCUAACUGUGGCCACCGCCAUGGUCUGGUAUUAUCAAGGCACUUGGUGCGGAUUGGGUGCGCUCUACGGCAGUCUGGUGCUGCUGCUGCUGGUGAAGCCGGGCUGGCGCUGGUUCUACAUAGCAGCCGUCACGGGACCACGUGACACCAUCGCAUUGAUUGCCUACAUUCGAGUGUUGCUGUUUGUGAAGCGACAGGAGCGCAAGAAUCUCAAUGUGGGCGACAUCUUUGAGGCGAAUGUGGCCCAGCAUCCGGACAAGUUGGCCAUUGUCAGCGAGACCCAGAAGUGGACCUUUCGCCAGGUGAACGAGCAUGCGAAUCGUGUCGCGAACGUCUUCCACAGUCAUGGCUACAAGAAGGGCGAUGUGGUUGGGCUACUGCUGGAGAAUCGCGCCGAGUUUGUGGCCACUUGGCUGGGCCUGUCCAAAAUCGGUGUAAUUACGCCGCUGAUCAAUACGAAUCUGCGUGGACCCUCGCUGCAGCACAGCAUCAAGGUGGGCAACUGCACGGCGCUAAUCUAUGGCAUCAGCUACAGAUCGGCUGUGAUGGAUAUAGCCAAGGAUCUGCCCGCCCAUGUGGCGCUCUAUCAGUUCAACGAUGAGGCCAACUCAGCAAAGGCAGCCACCGAGGGUCUGUCUCAGGGUUUGGCGCAACAGUUGAAUGCUCUGUUAGAGUCGGCAGCCAAGGAUAAGGUUGCCGCUGGCGCCAGUCGUGCCGAUCAUCAGGAUAAACUCGUCUACAUCUACACGUCGGGCACCACAGGUCUGCCCAAGGCAGCUGUCAUUACCCAUGCACGGUUUUUCUUUAUAGCGGCUGGCAUUCACUACGCCUUGGGUUUCCGGGACGAUGAUGUGUUCUACGCCCCGCUGCCACUUUACCACACAGCUGGCGGUGUGAUGAGCAUGGGGCAGGCUCUGCUCUUUGGCUCCACUGUUGUCGUACGAAAAAAGUUCAGCGCAUCCGGCUAUUUUGCUGACUGUGCGCGCUUCAAUUGCACCAUUGGCCAUUAUAUUGGAGAGAUGGCGCGUUAUAUCUUGGCAACGCCGGCGGCAGCACACGAUCGUCAGCAUCAGGUGCGCAUGGUCUUUGGCAAUGGGCUGCGUCCACAGAUCUGGACGCAGUUCGUCGAACGCUUCAAUAUUGGCAAAGUGGGUGAAUUCUAUGGCGCCACCGAGGGCAAUGCGAAUAUCAUGAACAACGAUAGUACAGUGGGCGCAAUUGGAUUCGUCUCCCGUAUAUUGCCACAGAUCUAUCCCAUAUCCGUCAUACGUGCCGAUCCCCAUACGGGCGAACCCAUACGCAACGCGAAGGGUCUCUGCGAUCGAUGUGAGGCCAACGAGCCGGGCGUCUUUAUUGGCAAGAUUGUCAAGGGUAAUCCGUGUCGUGAGUUCCUCGGCUAUGUGGAUACGAAAGCCUCUUCGAAGAAGGUAGUCCACGAUGUGUUCUGCAAAGGCGAUAUGGCAUUUAUAUCGGGCGAUCUAUUGGUGGCCGAUGAGCGGGGCUAUUUGUAUUUCAAGGAUCGCACAGGGGAUACCUUUCGCUGGAAGGGUGAGAAUGUAUCCACCAGCGAGGUGGAGGCACAGCUCAGCAAUAUGAUCAACUACAAGGACGCCAUUGUCUAUGGCGUCUGCAUACCACAGACGGAAGGCCGCGCCGGCAUGGCCGCCAUCUAUGAUCCCACCAGGGAGGUGGACGUGUCCACGCUGGGUUCCCAGUUCGCCACAGCUUUACCGAACUAUGCGCGACCCGUUUUCCUGAGAUUCCUGCGACGCAUCGAUUUGACGGGCACGUUCAAGUUGCGCAAGGUGGAGCUGCAGCAGCAGGGCUUCAAUCCUGCCGCAUCCGAGGAUGAGCUAUAUUAUGCCCAGGCCAAUGGCAGCUAUGCAAAGCUCACGCAGGACAUCUAUGAGAGGAUUCAACGCAAUGAAUUGCGCUUUUGAGUUGAGGAUAAGUCUACUUUUAGCUUUAAGCUCCCAUAUAAGACUAAUAAGAAGGCGGAAAUCAUAUAUAUAUAUAAAUAUAUACAUAAGAAAUAAGAUGUUUUCGAUCAGCUAGAUUAAUUUACAGCUUUAGGUAAAUUGCCAUCUGGCUCAACAAAUGGAGGAGUAAAAAAUACAUAAUGAAUA